AUGAUGCUUCCUAUAUAUUCCUUGCGCUCUAUAGUCGUGGGUAGUGCAUCGAUCGGCGAAAUUCCAAGGAAGUUCUUCUCAUCGUCAUAUACUGUAUAUAUUCUAGUAAGCACUGCCGCUGACGUUUUAUGUUUGAAUAACUCGUCAACGAAACGAUGGAGCGUUAGG